GUGUACUAUUAAAUGAAUUAAAACGGAAAUGAGUUGUGUUGAUAUUAAAUUUGAAAAUAUUGUUUACCCCAAAUUAAAUCGGGGAACAGCAAAUCAAGAAAUUUUAAAAAAUUUGUCUGGCUGUUUUUAUUCGGGUCAAUUAACCGGCAUUUUAGGAGGUAGCGGUGCUGGUAAAACGACCUUAAUCAACCUUUUAUCGGGUCAUAUAACAACAAACAUCCAAGGUAAAGUUUCGAUUAAUGAUGCAAUUUGUAGUGGAGCUGAUUUAAAAAAUUCCUCGAUUUACUUAAUGGAUGAUGAUUUAUUACAAACUUCGCUAACUGUAAAAGAAUCCUUAUUACUCGUUGCCGAAUUAAAGCUAGAUAAACGAUUAUCAGCCUCAAAUAAAAUCAAAACUUGCUUAAGUAUAGUUGAAAAAUUAAAUUUAACAUCCUCUUUAAAUACGAUGACUGAAAAUUUAUCUGGUGGUGAGAAACGAAGGCUCUCAAUUGCUUUGGAAUUAAUUAGUGACCCCCCUAUUAUUUUUAUGGAUGAACCAACUAGUGGUCUUGAUGAAGUAUCAGCAAAAAACACAAUCGAUUUAUUAAGAUCAUUAUCCCGCGAUGGAAAAACAAUAAUUUGCACAAUACACCAGCCGUCAAAUAUAAUUUUCAACAUGCUCGAACAUGUUUAUUUCAUAAACGAUGGUCGUUGUAUUUACGAUGGCACAGUAAACGGAUUAGUUCCCUUUCUAGAUAACAUUUUAUUUCCGUGCCCAAAGAAUUACAACCCGGCCGAUUACAUUUUAGAAAUGAGCCAAAACAACGAGGAGAUCUCUUUAAGAUGCAAUUCGAUGUUAACACCGUAUCAAUUCGAUAGAGAGAAACGUGGUAAUAAAGAAAUCGUUUCGUAUGGAAAUUUAAAAAGUGAACGGAGACGAAUUGGGUUUUUAAAGCAAACGGGGGUUUUAUUGAAACGGCAUUUUAUUCAAACAAAGCGUCGUAAAUUAGCGAUGGGUAUAAACGUGGCCCAUCAUAUUUUGUGCGGUCUAAUGACCGGCUUUUUAUACGUUGGAACUGGAAACGACGCGGCUAAAACAGCGAAUAUUUAUAAGCUUAGUUUGGGGGCCGUUGCUUAUAUCAGCUUUGCUUAUGCAAUCAUUCCUAUUCUUGUUUAUCCUUUUCAGAUUAAAAUUAUUAAAAGGGAAAUUUCGAAUGAUUGGUAUGGAUUAAAGGCGUAUUUCCUUACACAAAGUUUAGCCCCACUUCCUUAUAUGAUACCUUUAUGCUUUUUAUUUACAAUAUCAUGUUUUGGUAUUGUGGAUUCAUCUUUAUCAUUAGAGAGAUACUCCCGUUUAUCUGUGAUAUUGAUUGGCGUCGCUAUCGUAUCCCAUUUUUACGGACACACCAUCGGAGCGAUUUUUAAUGCAAAAAAUGCUUGUGUAAUUGGCUCAAUGGUUGCAACGAUCGCGAUGAAUAUCGGAUCUUUUCAUCAUUACCGGAUUUCUUUUACUACAUGGGUGAUUCGACAAACCACUUUUACUCGAUAUGGAGUAACUGGAUGUUUAUUAACUUUUUAUCAAAAUAGAAAAUUGAAUUGUAGUGAGAUAGUUUGUAGGCAUAGCGUUGAAAAGUUGAUUUACGACGAUUUUGGGGUUGGGAUCCCAUCGUAUUUGGUACAACUCUCCGGGUUGGUUGUUAAUGUAAUUUGUUAUGCAAUUUGUUUUUAUGUUAUACUUAGAAUUAAGUUUUAUUCGAAUUUAGUUGAGGUUUGGAGGAAUUUUAAGGCAAAAUUAUCAAAAUAAUUCGAUUUUUUAAUAUUUUGGUUUAUACAAAAACUUAUUUUUAUUAAUUAAUAAU